AAAAUGCCCAAAGUAAAAACAAAUACAUGUAGUCGCCUACAGUCAUAUGUUUCAGAAUUCGGUAGUUCUGUGUUUUUAAUUGAUGAAUCAGUACUAUUUUGUGAAGUUAAAGUUAGUGCUCAAAAACGAUUUACUGUGUUACAACAUCUUAAAACCAAAAAAACAUGUCAAGUCAGUUAAUCGCAUUGAUAAGCCAAAAAAAAGUCAACAACUUCUUGAAUUUCAUCUGCCAACUAAAAAUGUCAGUUUAACAAAGAUUUAUGUGAAGCUAUGUUAUUUGCUAAUAUUCCUUUAUACAAAUUAGAAAAUAUAAAAUUUAGAGAAUUUUUACAAGAGUAUACUGGAAAAGAAAUUCCAAAGGAAGCUACUCUUCGUAAAGGUUACGUAGAAGACUGUUAUAAAAAUACUUUAGAAAAAAUACGAAAUCACGUAUCAAAUAACAAAAUAUGGGUAUCUAUUGACGAGACGACUAACAUCGAAGAACGCUUCGUAGUCAAUGUUAUUAUAGGAGUUUUACUAACCGACGGACCGGGUGAGAUAUUUUUGAUAAAUACAGAAGAAUUAGAAAAAGCUAACCAUCAAACUAUUUUUAAACUUUUUGAUAAAUCCAUAAAUUUGUUAUGGCCACAAGGCGUUCAACAUGAUAGCGUCUUGUUAUUUUUGUCGGAUGCUGCACUGUAUAUGGUGAAAUCGGGAAAGUCAAUUCAAGCACCUUACUCAAAGAUGGUGCAUGUAACAUGUAUAGUACAUGGAUUUCAUCGCGUGGCCGAAGAACACCAUCUCGAACUCGUGUAUUUAAAAAUGAAGCUCCUAACAUCUCAAUGCCACCACAACUGAUUUUAACUCGUUGGGAAACAUGGUUGGAUGCGGUUAAAUAUUAUUGUGAGAAUUAUGAAGUAAUAAAAAAUAUUUUUAACAACCCAGAUUUGAAAGCAAACUUGGCAUUUAUUUCUUCAAACUAUAGUUUUUUUUCGAUUUAUAUUACACGUUUGGAAAAACAAAACAUGAUGCUCUCCGAGUCUAUUUCCGUCGUAAAAACUGUUAAGGAAAAAUUACAAAGUCCACAAGGAGAAAAA